ACACCUCUGAACUCUGAAAAUGAGUCCACAUAUGAAUUCAACCCAUUCCCCUUUAAGUCUUUGUAAUGGGUUUUCCCAACUGACGUCAGCUUCAAUUUCUAAGGAGCUGAACUUUUGAGCUACUGUUACAAGAAUGACAAGUUCUGGGAAGGAUGAUCAAGAUCAGAGCAAAAUCAAUGGCAUUGAAGAUUCUAAAACAACAAUUGAAUUUCUCCGUGGGAGAUUAUUGGCUGAAAGGUCUGCAUCACGAACAGCAAAGCAGAGAGCUGAUGAACUGGCACAAAGGGUCUCGGAGCUCGAAGAGCAGUUAAAGGUUGUGUCUCUGCAAAGAAAGAAAGCUGAGAAGGCAACAGCAGCUGUUCUGUCCAUAUUAGAGAACCAUGCAAUAGAUGAUGUUUCGGAGGAAUUCAGUUCAGGCUCUGACCAGGAAACAAUCUUAUCUGAAAAUAAAACAGAGGGAGGGGAAAUUUUCUCUAGUGCGAAAGAGAAAGAAGAUGAUGCGGACACAUUCUCAAGUUCGGAGAUUGCAUCUUCUUCAUCAACCAUCAGAAGUUUGUCGUGGAAAAGUGGUAAAGGUUCUUUGCAUUCUUUUGACAGGAGAAAUUACACUGAUUCUAAUAGGAGGAGAUGUAACUUUUCAUUAACUGACAUUUCUUCUCCAAAACGGGCUGGGAAAUCAUGCCGACGUGUAAGGCGCAGGGAUGCCAGAUCAGCUUGUGAUAAGUUACAAAAUAGUUCUGCCGAAUGUGCCUUUGAAGCUCUUUUAAGUUCUGCUAACAAUGAGCAACAAUCUUUGAUGGCCGGUGCUGGCAACAGUGAUGCGAAUGAUCAAGUGUGCGUUUCUGCAUCAGAUGUGUCAGGAAAUGGAAGGCAAGCAGGUAAGAGUGAUGAAGACAGCCAAAGAGCUUUACAUCAGCAAGCGCAACUGAUAGGGCAAUAUGAAUCUGAGGAAAAAGCCCAGAGAGAAUGGGAAGAGAAGUACAGAGAGACUAAUAGCUGUACACCGGAUUCAUGUGACCCUGAAAACUACUUGGACGUGACUGAAGAAAGAGAUGACCUGAAGGCAUCUCAGGAACCAUGCUUAGCUAGAAGAACAAGUAUGCAAAAUCAUGCAAACAAGAGUGGAGCAGCAGAUGUUAUCUGUACUGAGCAGAAUGGAAAUAUAAACAAUUCUCCGUCUACCCCACAUGUCAAUAUGAACUGCUUGGAAGAUAAAAAAAGCAGCAGGACUGUUGAAUCAGAUUCCCCAGCAUUAGAGGUUGCACGUCCAAUGUCUAAUGGGAAUUAUUUAGAAAAUCACGGUCAGACAUCUGCUAAUAGCCACCAGCAGUCUUUUCCUGUGACUCGUCCCCCCCUACACCCCCGAGUACAUAAUACCUCGUGUUCUGGAGGUAGCAGUUUGCAAGCAGGACAGGCUCUUCAAACAGGUCAUGAACUUGCCUUGGUGUCUCAUAACACUUCGAAUCGUGUAGGUUCUGUCCUCGGGGAACUUGAACAAGCUAAACUUUCACUGAGUAAACAAAUCAACAGCUCACCCCCAACCGCCAGUUACCCGGUAUUGCCUUCGCAAUUCAGUUCAGUAAACUAUUCUCCUUCCACCUAUGAAAUCUCUGCAAGUCCUUACAUGGAGUCUCGAUCAAAUUAUGUUACACAAGUCAAUAGGUUUACUUAUCCUUCCCCAAGAGCUUUCCCAGAGGUCUCUUCGUCAGCUCCUUCAUACAGGCCUAAAUCUGAAACCAACUUAGAUGCAGGCCUACCAUCUUCAAUGAGGUUUAAUCCUAACUCGAGUUCACGUCUUCCCUUCUCUAGUAAAUUUACGUACCCUACCUAUCCCAUGUGCCCAGACGUGGUGCCAAAACUACCCUCAGGUGAAGUAUUCUCGAGAAAUUUUCCUACGAAUGAGACAGGUUUACCACCUCCAUUUUCCUUCUCAACGUUGAGCCCUGAGGUGGUGCCAAGACUACCCUCAACUGAAGUAUUCUCGAGAAACUUUCCUACGAGUGAGGCAGGUACACCUCCUUCAUUUUCCGCCUCCCGUUAUGAUCCUCAUAUUAGACCAAAUAUGUAUAGUAAUUGAUAUUAUUCACAGUACAGUUCUUGGUCAAGAAAAUCCCCAUAUACCUAAAAUGUUUUGAGAAGAGUUUACAUAGGUUAUAUUGUUCUAUAGUUUGUGUAUCAUUUUCUUCUUGCUUUAUCUUAAUCCCAUCCUAGUUAGGGGUUACAGAGAAACCUCAGCAAUAUACCUUUGGUUUUUAAAGCUGUUGUUGCAUACUAGGUGUGUUGUAAAAUGUCAGAAACAAAUGAAAUUUAUUGGCAGGUGCUAUAAAUAUAUAGUUUUCAUU